AUGGAGACACUGAUCACCUACCAAGAGUACAAGCGCUACACGUCUCAACUCCUCCAGUGGCUCACGAACAAGUCCAACUCGAUUCUCGUCAACAACCGGCACGAAUGCUCCGUUAGAGUGAACGGUACCGGCCGCGUGUACACUGGUGACCUUGUGCCAAUGGCCAAGCUGGUCGCCCGGUACGUCACCGUCCCACCCCACAUCCACAAGAUCCUCUUCUCGACAAUCGAGCUUCGUACCGCGCGCUACCGUGAGUUCAAGCGGCUCGAGCGGACAUGCCCCUGGCUGGCCGGCAGCAACGAAUCACACUACCACUUCAUCGAGGUGCUGCAGAGCAUGUUCGGAGCGCUCGGCGGCCCAGCAUGGCAAGAGCGACAGAAAGCCUCUGAGCCGGAAGACAUUGUCAACCGAUUCGACGGCCUGCAUGUCGAUGCAGGCGAAAGUGGUGAGGAGUCCGCUGGCGCUGCGCCCGCCCCGCAGCAGCGGAAUCGGCGUCACAAGCGGAAUGGCCGCAAGAAGGCCAAGUCGAAGAGAACUGCGCCCCCGCUUCCUCUCGAGAGCUAUCAGAUCAUCCAGGAUGACGAGAGCCUGACAACCGACUACCUCAUCGCGGCGUACGAGCUUGUGCAAGAGUUCCGCGUGCUGCGCAAGUUUGUCCAGAAGCAGUGGCGAUCAGUCGCCUACGAGGGACUCAACAGUGCCGUCGCCGGAGCGUUGUCGCACAUGGUCGUUGCUGGCAUCCAGGAGAGCGAGCUCGAGAUCUGGCUCGAUUUCCCCGACGGAUACGAUACGUUUGAGUCGGUGAUCCGCAGCGUCACCUGCGGCGACAUGGAGCGCGCACACAGCAUGUUUGGCGACACGGAGAAGGACGACUUCAAGGAGUACACGAUGUACUACACGUACCAGGCCCUGCUUGCAUUCCUGAAGGACUUCCAAGAGAACCGGAGCGGCAAGCCGACGAAGCGCAUGGCUAAGGAGCUGCGCAACUGGGACCCGAAGAUGAACCUGCUCGCUGCCUCCAAGGAGCAGCGCUUGACGUGGCGACGGCAAUACACGAUCCUUUGGCUGUACGACCUCGUCAACGUCUACAUCCGCGGGCGAACGACCAAGUGUCCAUCGUGCGAUCGCUGCGAGGAGAACGUCGAGAUCCCCAAGGAAGAGGGGAACUGGAAGGACGCCGGCAUCUGGCGCCGGCUGUUCGGCAUGAACGAGUUCGCCGGCUUCGUGUCCUGGCUCGCGAUGCAACGGCCCGGCACGGACGUCACGAAGAGCAUCAGGCCGCACCAUGUUUUUGAGCUUCAAUGUCUCGUUGACUCGUGGUGCACAGCUCGACUUCGAGCCAGAGCGGGACUUGGAGAAGUUCCUCGGCAUGCCAAAUGUGCCAGGAAGCUUUCAGCACGGUGUGAGCUGGCUGCCGACGCCGUCAACCAGGAACGAGAGUCGCUGGCGCGCAACAUCUUCCUCACCAUCACCGAACGGCUGCGAUCCGACUUUAUCUUGUGUCUUGGGUACGUGCUUCUAGAUGACAGGCUCGCCUUCCAGUCCGACUUCACCCGCGCCAACGGUCUGUGGUCGUACAGUCCGUACCUUUGCGGUGUCGGGCUCUCAGAGGCACUGGAGCUGGGGCAGAAGCUUGGCCUGUCGAUGCUGGAGAUCGCGCCCGAAGUCAUGAUGAUUGUGCACCUGUACAACGAGGCCGUGCAGAAAGGUUACAUGCAGCGCAAGCCACACCACUUCUGCGAGCGCCUCAUGCGGCUCUUAGAUCCAUCAUCGUUCUUCGUCAACGGCGAGCUGCCCAAGGAGAAGUUCGCCGAGGCGCUGUUCCAGCAAACCCAGGCGAACCUUCCUUUCGCGCAGCGGCGACGGAACCCGCGCUGCAUCACUUGCAGUGUUCGCAACCAGCUCGACUCGGACUACAACACACUACAGCGCUACCAGUACCGGCAGAGCAGUAAGGGCACGCACCUUAUGCGGCCCAAGGAGAAUGUGAACAAGUAUUACCGCCACGACUCAUUCCUCGUCAAGUGCUAUAACGCGGACUGGAACGUGCACAAGAUCCGUGACGAUGUGCUCGACGUGGACUCGGCACUCUUCAAGUUGCGCGUAUACCGGAGCGCAUGCGUGCCAGCGUCGAGCGGGGAUGACAGUGGCGUCGAGUUGGAGGACACAGAGCUGGUGCGGCUGGCCCGCAAGGCAGGCGUCAAGGAGAACGAGCUGCUGGCCGGCCAUUGCUGGGUGCAGCAGCUCGUGGAUGGAGCGCAGCCCGCGCCGCGUGACGCUAGUCCCGCCUCGGCCAAGAUCAGAUCGAAGGCGCUCACCCUCAGCGCGCUGAAGUACGACCUGCAGACGGACAUCUGCGGCGCGCGUCCAAUGUCAGGGCUGAACUACUGGCUCGUCGUCUCGCUCGUCCUGCGCUUCUUCCGGCGCCUGGAGGCGACGCUCGAGGCAGGCAAGGAAAGCGAGUCGUUCAACUUCCGCUACAAGACGGAUCACGAACACAAGGAGAACCAGCGCCUGAAUGUGGUGCUUGAAGCGCUGAUUGAGAGGGACGACGCACUCUUGCGCGUUGUUGCGCGCGAACUGCAGAACGACACUGAACUCAACCGCGGCCUUGGGCCGUGCGUGUACUGGGAUACGACCGACCCGCUUAAAGGCUGGACCGGCUCGUCCCAGACUCUUGUAUCAUAG